AUGCCUUCUUUCUUCAAGCGUAACAAGAAGGCCGCCGAGGCUGAUGCCCCGGCACCUGAGGCCCAAUCCUCAGAUGUCCCAAGCAUUCCCGCCGGCAUGACACAAAGACGUCCCGAUCAGUCAGCAGCUGGUGGCUACCUGCCUAGGAAUCCCUCCAACCUCUCCUUUGGACUUGGCAAUGCUGAACUGCGGAAACAACCGCGACCAUUCAAGAGCUACAGACUACGGGGAGAGCGCGAGCUGCCAUGGAAGGAUGACCCAAGGAUAAAGCGCACCAAGAUUGGCAACUGGAUCACCUUCACUUGUAUAGUCAUCGGCUUGGGUCUCUCCGGUUACAUCGCAUAUACAGGUGUCAACGAAGCCAAGGUUCCCGAAGGAUGUCUCAUCAUGGAUGACAAUUUUGAAAAGAUUGACCCCGCCAACUGGGGCUACGAGAUUCAGACUGGUGGUUACGGAAACGGCGAGUUCGACUGGACGACCGACGACCCAAAGAACAGCUAUGUUGACGCCGAGGGUCUUCACAUUGUUCCGACCCUGACGACCGAGUCUACGGGCAUCACUGCAGAGCAGCUUGUCGAUGGCUAUACGCUCAACAUCACCAAGGCAGGUGGUGACGGUUCUUGCACUUCGACCGACUACACAUCCUGCAGCAUCAGGUCCAACGCGACCACCGGUGCCAUCAUUCCUCCGGUUCGUUCCGCACGCAUGACUACCAAGGGAAAGAAAUCUAUCAAGUACGGUCGUGUCGAGGUUGUCGCCAAAACCUCAAAGGGUGACUGGUUGUGGCCCGCCAUCUGGAUGAUGCCUGAAGAUAAUGUUUACGGCGAAUGGCCCCGCAGCGGAGAAAUCGACAUUGCUGAGUUCCGCGGAAACGCAUGGCCUUACCCCGAAGGUAACGACUUCAUGUCGUCGACUCUCCACUGGGGCCCCAACUCCAAGCACGACGGCUACAUCAAUACACACGGCAAUUCUUUCUACCGCCGCCAAACCUUUGCCUCGAGCUACCACACUUUCGGUCUCGAGUGGACCGAGAAGUACCUGUUCCUUUUCCUUGAUUCCCGUCUCAAGCAGGUCAUGUACUACAAGUUCACCGAGAAAAACCAGCUCUGGAAGAAGGGCGGCUUCAACGGUGUCACUACUGCAAACGGCACUCUUGUGGAAAACCCGUGGGUCAAGGGUGGUCUCAAUGCACCAUUCGACCAGAAAUUCUACCUUAUUCUCAACGUCGCUGUCGGUGCGCAGAACGGUUGGUUCUUUGACGGCGAGGGUAACAAGCCGUGGGUUGAUGGCAGCGACUUUGCUCCUAGGGACUUUUGGAAUGCCAAGGAUGAGUGGCUUCCAACCUGGGGCGAGGGCGCCGACCGUGGUAUGACUGUCAAAUCCGUUAAAAUGUGGCAAGCCGGCAAGUGCUAG